CACCCAAUAGCCAUUCACGGCGUAAGUACAGUACUGUGUGUGGCUAUAUAUGAGGUCCCCUACUGUGUCCUCAUCCCUGUCUAACUGCACAGUUAGCCAUGGAUGCAAUGCGCUUUCUUAUUUUGCUCUUAUGGAUGUGUGCACUGACAAAGCAGCAAAGCAUCCAGAGCUUGCCAACCUACGAUGCUUUUGUCCUGGCAUCCUGCAAUUUCAACGAUGAUAACGAGCCAUUCUGCAGAUUCCUUCAGGACUCGACGGAUGGAGGCGACUGGACCCGGCACAAAGGUCCAACCCCGACGCCCGGCACGGGCCCUCCAGGAGAUUACCCAGAUGGAAGUGGAUUCUACAUCUACCAGGAAUGUGACAAUGUGGCAAAUGGGCGUAACACUCGUCUGCUGAGCCCCACGUUCUUCUUAACGGCGACGGAGCAGAUAUGCGUCCAAUUCCGAUAUUACAUGUACGGCUUGGACAAUUCCAAUGUGUUGAGGCUACUGGCGAAGAGGCCGAAUCGCGAGGACGAGCUGUGGGUGAAAACUGGUUUCCAGAGUCCAUCGUGGCUGAAGGGUGCCGUCACCGUGUCCAAUUCCACAAAUCAAGAGCUCACUAUUGUCUUUGAGGCUCAGCGGGGCUCAACCGCUUCCUGCGAUUCGGCACUUGACAACAUCAUCAUUAGUGAAGGAGCAUGUCCCACUUGCAUUUCUGGCUGCGACUUUGACAUUACGGAUGACUUCUGUGGGUGGUCUUUAUUCGUACCUGACAAUAGCAUAUAUGGCUUUGAGCAAUGGUCUGGCCAAACCGAAACUGAAGGGACAGGACCUGAUGAUGACUUCUCCACGCCGGGAUUUGGAUCGUACAUGCUGAUGGAUUCUUCCUCUGCUGUGCCUGGACUUGAUGGGCAAAUCCUAAGUCCUGUGAUACACCAUUCCUCUGGGUGCCUGCAGCUUACGUUCCAUUACUAUUUAUAUGGCACCAGCCAGACCAUGCAGCUCAGAGUCCACCCCUUGAAAGGAGGAAUCCUUGGACCCGCUCUCUUCACUGUCAGCGGAAACCAGGGUCCAGCCUGGAGACCUGUUAAAGUCCAACACCUCGACACUGAUAACUUCCAGUUUGUUAUUGUGGGGACCUUUGGAGAGACUGCUCAGACCGAUAUUGCUGUUGAUGCCGUGUGUGUCAUGGCCUGUCAAGGUGAGCUAACAACGCCAAUACCAUCAGUGCCGACUCCAACACCAACAAAUGGAACAACAACACCGAAACCCACGACUCCCAGACCAACUACGGCAAACCCAAUUAAAUGCCCUCCAAAUGCGGAAUACAUAGAAUGUGGGCCAGCUUGUAUCCCCACCUGCAUGGAACCCUCCACCAACUGCAGCGGCUCCUGUAUCAGCGGCUGCUUUUGCAAACCGGGAUUUGUCUUCAAGGGGAGACACUGUGUGCCACUGGAGAAAUGCGGGUGCCUGGAUCACAACAACAACUAUUACGAGCCUGGAGAGAUCGUAUUUGGAGACGGCUGCUCCAAGCUGUGUCGCUGUGCCAAGGCAGAGGAGCAGAAGCUCUAUGAGAGCUCCGGAUAUUGUGGCAUCAUGCUGGACACAAAUGGUCCUUUUGCCAUGUGUAACGCUAAGGUCAACCCCAAUUUACGCUUGUGUCGAUGGGUUAUCGCGUGUUGGUCGUGUGUUCAGGAGUAUUUCAAGGACUGUGUCUUUGACCUUUGCGUGCUUGAUGGAGCUCAUUCCAUUCUGUGUGAAGCCAUCGAAGCCUACGUCAAUGAGUGCCAGGAUCGUGGGGUCAAUAUUGGACCCUGGAGGAACGAAACCUUCUGUCCUUUUGGUUGCCCUCCCAACAGCCAUUACGAGCCCUGUGCGGACCCCUGUCAGGACACGUGUGCAGGCCGACCCCCCUCCUGCAGCGGACCGUGCACCGAGUCCUGUGUGUGUAAUCCCGGCUACAUCCUGAGUGCCGGCAAAUGUGUCACCAACUCUUCGUGUGGCUGCAAAUACACCAAUGGCCAAUAUUACCAGCCCGGAGAGGAGUUCUAUGUUGAAAACUGCAAUCUGAAGUGUCGGUGUGACGCACCCUUCGUUACCUGUCGGGCAUCUGAAUGCCCCCCAAUGCACCAGUGUCAAGUCCAGGGGGGAGAGCUGGGCUGCUAUCCCACAGAUAUAACAACACCCAGACCAACAACUCCAAGACCGACGACACCAAAGCCAAUUCAGUGCCCUCCAAAUGCGGAAUAUAUAGAAUGUGGCCCAGCUUGUAUCCCCACCUGCAUGGAACCCUCCACCAACUGCAGCGGCUCCUGUAUCAGCGGCUGCUUUUGCAAACCGGGAUUUGUCUUCAAAGGGAGACACUGUGUACCACUGGAGAAAUGCGGGUGUCUGGAUCACAACAACAACUAUUACGAGCCUGGAGAGAUCGUAUUUGGAGACGGCUGCUCCAAGCUGUGUCGCUGUGCAGGGAACUACACUUUGGAAUGUGUGGAUAACACCUGUGAUCCCACAGAGGAGUGUCGCGAGGUGAACGGUGUCCCCGGAUGCUACCCGAAAGGUACCUCCUCGUGCAUCGCGUCCGGGGAUCCACACUACACGACCUUUGACAAGCGCAAGUACAACUUCAUGGGCAACUGCAGUUACCAGAUGACCGGAGUCUGCAAUGCAUCUGCAUUACCAAACUUUGCUGUCUACGCUGACAACGAAAAUCGCUACAACAGACCCAGCAUCUCCUAUGUGAAGGCGGUUCAUGUGUAUGUCGAUUCCGGCAACGUCUCUAUCUUCAAAGGUGGCGCUGUCCAUGUGAAUGGAAUCAAAGUAAACUUGCCAGUGAAUCCGUUUCCAGGCGUCUCUGUGUUCAAAUCAGGAAAGCACUACACCAUCUCCUUGGAUUUUGGUGUGACUGUGCGCUAUGACGGAAACCACUUUAUGGACAUCAAAGUGAUUAAAGACUAUAAAACUCUUCUCUGUGGACUGUGUGGAGAUUACGAUGGAGAUGCCAAAGACGACUUCCGCAAGAUGGAUGGAUCAUUGACUUCCAGUCCCAAUGAGUUUGGAAACAGCUGGAACAUUGAUCCAGAGUGUAACAAGAAACCCAACCCCACUCAUCCCGAAUGUGAGGCAGAGGAGCAGAAACUCUAUGAGAGCUCCGGAUAUUGUGGCAUCCUGCUGGACAAAAAUGGUCCUUUUGCUAUGUGUCACGCCAAGGUCAACCCCAAUGAGUACUUCAAGGACUGUGUCUUUGACCUUUGCGUGCUUGAUGGAGCUCAUUCCAUUCUGUGUGAAGCCAUCGAAGCCUACGUCAAUGAGUGCCAGGAUCGUGGGGUCAAUUUUUUUUUACCCUUCUGUCCUUUUGGUUGCCCUCCCAACAGCCAUUUCGAGCCCUGUGCGGACCCCUGUCAGGACACGUGUGCAGGCCGACCCCCCUCCUGCAGCGGACCGUGCACCGAGUCCUGUGUGUGUAAUCCCGGCUACAUCCUGAGUGCCGGCAAAUGUGUCACCAACUCUUCGUGUGGCUGCAAAUACACCAAUGGCCAAUAUUACCAGCCCGGAGAGGAGUUCUAUGUUGAAAACUGCAAUCUGAAGUGUCGGUGUGACGCACCCUUCGUUACCUGUCGGGCAUCUGAAUGCCCCCCAAUGCACCAGUGUCAAGUCCAGGGGGGAGAGCUGGGCUGCUAUCCCACAGGUACCUCCUCGUGCAUCGCGUCCGGGGAUCCACACUACACGACCUUUGACAAGCGCAAGUACAACUUCAUGGGCAACUGCAGUUACCAGAUGACCGGAGUCUGCAAUGCAUCUGCAUUACCAAACUUUGCUGUCUACGCUGACAACGAAAAUCGCUACAACAGACCCAGCAUCUCCUAUGUGAAGGCGGUUCAUGUGUAUGUCGAUUCCGGCAACGUCUCUAUCUUCAAAGGUGGCGCUGUCCAUGUGAAUGGAAUCAAAGUAAACUUGCCAGUGAAUCCGUUUCCAGGCGUCUCUGUGUUCAAAUCAGGAAAGCACUACACCGUCUCCUUGAAUUUUGGUGUGACUGUGCGCUAUGACGGAAACCACUUUAUGGACAUCAAAGUGAUUAAAGACUAUAAAACUCUUCUCUGUGGACUGUGUGGAGAUUACGAUGGAGAUGCCAAAGACGACUUCCGCAAGCCAGAUGGAUCAUUGACCUCCAGUCCCAAUGAGUUUGGAAACAGCUGGAACACUGAUCCAGAGUGUAACAAGAAACCCAACACCACUCAUCCCGAAUGUGAGGCAGAGGAGCAGAAGCUCUAUGAGAGCUCCGGAUAUUGUGGCAUCCUGCUGGACAAAAAUGGUCCUUUUGCCAUGUGUCACGCUAAGGUCAACCCCAAUGAGUACUUCAAGGACUGUGUCUUUGACCUUUGCGUGCUUGAUGGAGCUCAUUCCAUUCUGUGUGAAGCCAUCGAAGCCUACGUCAAUGAGUGCCAGGAUCGUGGGAUGGCUGCCUACUCGGGCGCCACACACGCUUCUAACUUGAGCCAUCUCACCUUCUGCGCAGCUUUUGGUUGCCCUCCCAACAGCCAUUACGAGCCCUGUGCGGACCCCUGUCAGGACACGUGUGCAGGCCGACCCCCCUCCUGCAGCGGACCGUGCACCGAGUCCUGUGUGUGUAAUCCCGGCUACAUCCUGAGUGCCGGCAAAUGUGUCACCAACUCUUCGUGUGGCUGCAAAUACACCAAUGGCCAAUAUUACCAGCCCGGAGAGGAGUUCUAUGUUGAAAACUGCAAUCUGAAGUGUCGGUGUGACGCACCCUUCGUUACCUGUCGGGCAUCUGAAUGCCCCCCAAUGCACCAGUGUCAAGUCCAGGGGGGAGAGCUGGGCUGCUAUCCCACAGAUAUAACAACACCCAGACCAACAACUCCAAGACCGACGACACCAAAGCCAAUUCAGUGCCCUCCAAAUGCGGAAUAUAUAGAAUGUGGCCCAGCUUGUAUCCCCACCUGCAUGGAACCCUCCACCAACUGCAGCGGCUCCUGUAUCAGCGGCUGCUUUUGCAAACCGGGAUUUGUCUUCAAAGGGAGACACUGUGUACCACUGGAGAAAUGCGGGUGCCUGGAUCACAACAACAACUAUUACGAGCCUGGAGAGAUCGUAUUUGGAGACGGCUGCUCCAAGCUGUGUCGCUGUGCAGGGAACUACACUUUGGAAUGUGUGGAUAACACCUGUGAUCCCACGGAGGAGUGUCGCGAGAUUAACGGUGUCCCUGGAUGCUACCCGAAAGGUACCUCCUCGUGCAUCGCGUCCGGGGAUCCACACUACACGACCUUUGACAAGCGCAAGUACAACUUCAUGGGCAACUGCAGUUACCAGAUGACCGGAGUCUGCAAUGCAUCUGCAUUACCAAACUUUGCUGUCUACGCUGACAACGAAAAUCGCUACAACAGACCCAGCAUCUCCUAUGUGAAGGCGGUUCAUGUGUAUGUCGAAUCCGGUGGUGUCUCCAUUUUCAAAGGCGGCGCUGUCCAUGUGAAUGGAAUCAAAGUAAACUUGCCAGUGAAUCCGUUUCCAGGCGUCUCUGUGUUCAAAUCAGGAAAGCACUACACCGUCUCCUUGAAUUUUGGUGUGACUGUGCGCUAUGACGGAAACCACUUUAUGGACAUCAAAGUGAUUAAAGACUAUAAAACUCUUCUCUGUGGACUGUGUGGAGAUUACGAUGGAGAUGCCAAAGACGACUUCCGCAAGAUGGAUGGAUCAUUGACUUCCAGUCCCAAUGAGUUUGGAAACAGCUGGAACAUUGAUCCAGAGUGUAACAAGAAACCCAACACCACUCAUCCCGAAUGUGAGGCAGAGGAGCAGAAGCUCUAUGAGAGCUCCGGAUAUUGUGGCAUCCUGCUGGACAAAAAUGGUCCUUUUGCCAUGUGUCACGCUAAGGUCAACCCCAAUGAGUAUUUCAAGGACUGUGUCUUUGACCUUUGCGUGCUUGAUGGAGCUCAUUCCAUUCUGUGUGAAGCCAUCGAAGCCUACGUCAAUGAGUGCCAGGAUCGUGGGGUCAAUAUUGGACCCUGGAGGAACGAAACCUUCUGUCCUUUUGGUUGCCCUCCCAACAGCCAUUACGAGCCCUGUGCGGACCCCUGUCAGGACACGUGUGCAGGCCGACCCCCCUCCUGCAGCGGACCGUGCACCGAGUCCUGUGUGUGUAAUCCCGGCUACAUCCUGAGUGCCGGCAAAUGUGUCACCAACUCUUCGUGUGGCUGCAAAUACACUAAUGGCCAAUAUUACCAGCCCGGAGAGGAGUUCUAUCUUGGGAACUGCAGUGCGAAGUGUCGGUGUGAUGCACCCUCCGUUACCUGUUGGGCAUCUGAAUGCCCCCCAAUGCACCAGUGUCAAGUCCAGGGGGGAGAGCUGGGCUGCUAUCCCACAGCAGGACCAACUACACCUGUACCAACAACUCCAGGAGUGCCUACGCCGAACAUGACAACUCCAGGAUGGACUACACCGAAACCAGCAACUACACCUGAGUCAACAACUCCAGGAGUGCCUACGCCAAACAUGACAACUCCACGAUGGACUACACCGAAACCAACAACUCCAGACUGGAUUAAUGCAACUACACCUGAGUCAACAACUCCAGGAGUGCCUUCGCCAAACAUGACAACUCCAGGAUGGACUACACCAAAACCAGCAACUACACCUGAGUCAACAACUCCAGGAGUGCCUACGCCAAACAUGACAACUCCAGGAUGGACUACACCAAAACCAGCAACUACACCUGAGUCAACAACUCCAGGAGUGCCUACGCCAAACAUGACAACUCCAGGAUGGACUACACCAAAACCAACAACUCCAGACUGGAUUAAUGCAACUACACCUGAACCAACAACUCCAGGAAUGACGACACCAAUUCAGUGCCCACCAAAUUCGGAAUACAUCGAAUGUGGCCCAGCUUGUAUCCCCACCUGCAUGAAACCCUCCACCAAUUGCAGCGGCUCCUGUAUCAGCGGCUGCUUUUGCAAACCAGGGUUUGUCUUCAAGGGUAAAUACUGUCUGCCACUGGAGAAAUGCGGUUGCCUGGAUCACAAUAGCAACUAUUACGAGCCUGGACAAAUCAUGUAUGCGGACGGCUGCUCCAAGCUGUGUCGCUGUGCAGGGAACUACACGUUUGAAUGUGUGGAUAGCUCUUGUGAUCCCACUGAAGAGUGUCGUGAAGUUAACGGCAUCCCUGGAUGCUACCCAAAAGACGCAUCCACGUGCAUUGCCACGAGUGAUCCACACUACACGACUUUCGACAAGCGAAAGUACAGUUUUAUGGGCAACUGCAGCUACUUGAUGUCCGGCGUUUGCAGCGCAACGCCUUCACCAAACUUUGAGGUCUAUGCCGACAACGAAAACCGCUAUAACAAUCCCUCCAUCUCCUAUGUCAAAGCCGUACAUGUGGAUGUACACAAGGUCAAGGUCUCAGUCCUCAAAGGUGGCUCCGUGCUUGUAAAUGGGUCCAAAGUGAACCUGCCUGUGACUCCGGCUUCAGGUGUUUCCGUGUUCAAAUCUGGAAGGUACUACACGGUGUCUAUGGAUUUCGGUGUGGUUGUGCGCUAUGAUGCAAACCACUUUAUGGACAUCAAAGUGAUUAGAGAUUACAAGAAUGUACUGUGUGGACUGUGUGGGGAUUAUAACGGAGAUUCCAAAGACGACUUGCGCCAGCCGAAUGGCUCGUUGACCAGCGAUAUCAAUGAAUUUGGACAUAGCUGGAACACUGAUCCGCAGUGUAAGAAACCCAACCCCACCGAUCCUGGAUGUAAUGAAGAAGAGGAGAGUCUCUAUGAGAGCUCUGCAUAUUGUGGAUUGCUGCUGGACAAGAAUGGUCCUUUUGCUGUGUGCCAUCCCAAAGUCAAUCCCAAUAAUUACUUCCAAGAUUGUGUCUUUGACCUUUGCGCACUGGAUGGCGCCAAGCCCGUUCUGUGCGAGGCCAUUGAAGCCUAUGCCAGUGAGUGUCAGGAUCGCGGCGUCAACAUUGGUCCGUGGAGGAAUGAAACCUUCUGUCCGUUGAGCUGCCCCCCCAACAGCCAUUACGAGCCCUGUGCGGACCCCUGUCAGGAGACAUGUUCGGGCCUACCCCCAUCCUGCAGCGGACCGUGCAGCGAGUCCUGUGUGUGUAAUCCCGGGUACAUCCUGAGUGCUGGCAAAUGUGUCUCCAACACUUCGUGUGGCUGCAAACACACCAACGGCCAGUAUUAUCAGCCUGGAGAGGAGUUCUAUGCUGAGAACUGUAAUCAGAAGUGUAGGUGUGACGCACCCACGGUCACAUGUAAGCCAUCUCGGUGCCCCCCAAUGCACGAGUGUAAAGUCCUGGAAGGAGAGCUGGGCUGCUAUCCAACGGGGUCCCAGGACUGCAUCAUCUCUGGCGAUCCACACUAUAACACUUUUGACAAAAGGUUCUACAGUUUCAUGGGCACCUGUACCUACACGCUGGCCAGAACCUGUAGGAACAACACAGGGCCUUGGUUCUCAAUAGAGGGGAAGAAUGAGGAAAGAGGGCUACCAGGAGUGUCCUAUCUGCGAAAACUCUACAUCACCGUAGACGGAAUCACUGUGACCUUGAUGAAAGCCAAGAGGACCCUGGUGAACGGCCUGCGUGUGGCGCUACCUCACUCCCCGUCUCCCAUGGUGACGGUCAGUCGUGCCGGCCAGUACGUCACGGUGCAGACGUCCUUCGGCCUCCAAGUGCGCUGGGAUGGGAACCACUUUGCCCAGAUCUCAGUACCAAGCUCCUACCACGACCAGAUGUGCGGUCUGUGCGGCGACUUGGACGGGAACCCGAACAAUGACUUUGCCAAGCCAGAUGGCGUUCAGGUUGUCAAUGUCAACGACUUCUGCAACAGCUGGCAGACGGAAGAAGACGAGGAUGAAUCGUGUUCCCCAGGCACCAAGCCCGACCCAGAAUGUGAUCCCAAGCUUGAGGCCGAGGUAGUCAAACCAGAGAAAUGUGGAAAACUCAACGAUACAGCUGGACCCUUCCGGGAGUGCGUCGGAGUGGUGAAUCCCACCCCCUUCUUCCAGAGCUGCGUGUACGACAUGUGCCAGUUCAACGGGCAGCAGCAGGUACUGUGUGACCAGCUGCAAGCCUACACGGAGGCCUGUCACAGUGCCGGAGUCAAAGUCCACCAGUGGAGGAGCCCCCACUUCUGUCCCCUGGACUGCCCCGCCAAUAGCUCGUACUCUCUGUGCGUGAGCUCGUGUCCGGAGACGUGCACGGGCGUGGUGGGAGCGCCCGGCUGCGGCGACGUGUGCGUGGAGGGCUGCGCCUGCAACCCGGGCUUCAUCCUCAGCGAUGACAAGUGCGUCUCGCUCAAAGAUUGCGGCUGCCUCGACACCACCGGGACGUACCAUCCGGUGGGCGACGGCUGGUACUUGGAGGGCUGCAAGCAGAAAUGCAUGUGCCAAGACGGAGGCGUGAUCCGCUGUUCCAACAGCAGCUGCAAAGCCGUCACUGAGACAUGCCAGCUGCAUGAUGGAGAGUACCAGUGUCGUCCUUUGGGAAAUGGUAUAUGUUCGGUAUCCGGUGACCCACACUACACCACCUUUGACAAGCGCACCCACCAUUACAUGGGAGCAUGCUCGUACACCCUGACCAAGCCCUGCAACGCUUCGUCCUCCGGCUUGCCGUACUUCAGCGUGGACACCCAGAAUGAGCGCAGGGGCAGCAACAAGAAGGUCUCCUAUGUACGGGCCGUUGUGGUCCAAAUCAAUGGCGUAACCGUCAUCCUCGGCAAGGGCCGAACUGUCCAGGUAAAUGGGACGGCGGUGGUCCCGCCAUUUGCAUGGAUCGGCGGUGUAAACAUUUACUUGAGUGGCAAGUUUGUUGUCCUGGAGACGUCUUUCCACCUGAGGGUGAGAUUUGACGGUAACCACCAUGCUGACGUCACCGUGCCCUCUUCCUACAACGGGCAGCUUUGCGGACUAUGUGGAAAUUUCAAUGGAAAUCCCAAAGACGACAACCUGAAACCAGACAAGACGCCCGCUUCAACCACUAAUGAACUGGGAGACAGCUGGCAGGUUCCGGACCCAAGGCCUGAUUGUUCCAACGAUGGCGGCCAUGAGGACUGCGAUCCAAAAGUGGAGGAGGAAGCCCAGAAGCCGACAAGCUGCGGCAUGAUUGCCGAUCCUAACGGUAUCUUCAAGCCAUGUCACUCGGUUGUCGCCCCUGCACCAUAUUUGGAAAACUGCGUGUAUGACAUGUGCGCUACGGGGGGCCAGACCGUCGCCCUAUGCCAGGCGGUGGAGAGUUAUGCUGACAUGUGCGCCUUGGCGGGAGUCGCUAUCGCGUGGAGGAACAACACCUUCUGCCCUCUCAAAUGUCCCGCUGGAAGUCAUUACAACCCGUGCGGGUCCGCCUGCGCCCAGCCGAGCUGUCAGGACCCGGCGGGCCCAGGGGGCCCUUGCGACCAGCCGUGCGUGGAGGGAUGCGUGUGUAACCCUGGCCUCAUUUUGAGCGGAGACAAAUGCGUGCCGCUCAGCCAAUGUGGGUGCACCGAUGAGAACGGAAAGUACAGGCCAGUCGGCGGAACUUGGUUCACAGAAGCCGAUUGCUCCGAGCGCUGCAAGUGUAACGCCAACCACAACGUCACCUGCGAGCCGUGGCGCUGCAGCCCCGCGCAGGAGUGCAAAGUGCUGGAGGGAGUGCUGGACUGCCACUCGACGGGCAAAGGAGUGUGCCACGUAGCCGGAGACCCUCACUACUACACCUUUGAUGGCAUGAUGCACACCUUCAUGGGCACUUGCACUUACACUCUCGUUGAGGUGUGUAACACCAGUAUGGUGACGCCGUUCCGGAUCGUGGCGAAAAACGAGGAGCGCGGCCAACCGGAGGCCUCCUACGUCCGCUCCGUCAAAGUUUACCUGCCUCACAACACCCAGAUUGAGCUGCAGAAGGGUCGGAGAGUUCUGCUCAAUGGUCGGCGGGUACGAACGCCGAUUUCCGUGAACACGGAGGGAACAAAGGUGAUCAGCAGUGGCGCAUACAAUCUCCUGGACACCAACUUUGGUCUGCAAGUCAAAUUCGACGGCGUUCAUCAUCUGGAGAUCACCGUACCCGGCCAAUAUUUCAAUAAGCUGUGCGGCAUGUGCGGCAACUACAACCACAACAUGUCUGACGACAACCUGAAGCCCGACAAGCAACCCGCCAAGGACGUCAUCCAACUGGGCAACAGCUGGAAGUCGGAGGGCGACAGCGAUCCCGGCUGUCAGCCAGACAAGCGGCCUGACGUGCACCCCAACUGCACGGCGGAGGAAGAGGCUGCGUUCGAGUCCCAGUGUGCUGGAGUGCUUCUGUCUGACAAUUUCCGAGCCUGCCAUGCUCUGGUACCCCCCGAAGCCUUCAUUGGGAACUGCGUGUACGACAUGUGCGAAUACGACGGCAUGCAGGCCACGCUAUGCGACAACGUGGAGGCGUAUGCUCAGGCCUGCAGCAGCGCCGGGGUCACCAUCAGCUGGAGGAACCGAACCUUCUGCCCGUUGCCGUGCGCCCCGAACAGCCAUUAUUCAGACUGCACCGCCCCCUGCCCCCCCACCUGUUCGGACCUGUUCCCCAUCUGGUGCCACAUGCCACCCACUAGCUGUGUGGAGGGUUGCCAGUGCGACGCCGGCUUUGUCCUCAGCGACGGCAAAUGUGUGCCUCUGGACAAAUGCGGCUGCCUGGAUUCCGACGGCGAGUACCAUGAUGUGGGAGACUCAUGGCUGACGGCGAAAUGCAUUUCCAAAUGUCGUUGUAACCUUGGCGGCCUAGUUACGUGCUCAGAGCACAGCUGUAAAACCAACUCGGUGUGCGCCCUGGACAAAUACGGAGACGUCUACUGCAAGCCUGCCAAGUUCGACAAGUGCAGCGUGUCGGGAGAUCCUCACUAUCGAACCUUCGACGGUUUCACGCAUCACUUCCAGGGCCCGUACACCUACAUCCUGACGGCAGACUACCAGUCACCACCAAGCUCGUUGCCCGCCCUCACGGUCAGGGGCAAGAACAUCCGACGAGGCGGAAACAAGAGAGUCUCCUUCCCGGACCAGCUCUUCAUUGACGUCUAUGGUGUCAACGUACGCUUCAUGCAAGGGAAGAAAGUCCUGGUGAACAGGGAGAGCGUUUCGCCCCCUCUGAGUCCAGUUGAAGGUUUACUCAUCACCAUGAACUCCAGGCAGGUUCAGCUCACCACCGACUUCGGACUCACCGUGCGCUUCGACGGCAGAAGUCGUGGAGAGAUCAUCCUGCCGAGCACGUACAAGAACGCCGUCAGGGGGCUGUGCGGAAACUACGACGGGAUCCGCACCAACGACUACAUGAAGCCGGACGGGACGGUUAUCAGGGACCUGAACGCCUUUGGAGAAAGCUGGAGGGUCAGCGACCGACAAUUGCGCGCUACAGAUGACACCUCGCUAGUGCCCAGCCACAUCCACGUUCACAGGCGAGAAGUGGACACGGAUCCAGAUUCAGGAUUCGAGACGUCCGACUGCUCCGAGGACCAACUGGCCGGCUACAAGGAUCCCGCCAUGUGCGGCGCACUAACGGAUGCCGCUGGGCUUUUCGCCUCCUGCCAUGCCGUCCUGCCGCCCGCCACCUACCUCGACGACUGCGUGUUCGACCUGUGCGCUGAGCGGGGCAGCAAAGAGCUGCUCUGUGCCAGCUACGAGGCCUACGCCGCCGCCUGCCAAGGGGCCAGAGUCACACUGGGGCCCUGGAGACAACAGCUGGGUUGUGUGCUGUCGUGUGGAGGCAACAGCACGUACACAUCGUGCAUGUCUCCGUGCCCGGCCUCCUGCGCCGACCUGGCAGCACCGUCCGAGUGCGACGCCACCUCCUGCGUGGAGGGAUGCCAGUGCGCUCCCGGCUUCGUCAUGAGCGAGGGCGGCUGCGUGCCGUACGCGCAGUGCGGCUGCAGCUUCCUCAACAGAUACUACCCGCUGAAGGAGACCUUUGUGACCGAAGACUGCGCCCAGGCCUGCGAAUGCACCACCACCGGUGCCGUGUGCCAAGCCAAGAGCUGCCGGGAGGGCUACGUCUGUGCCAUUUACGACUUCAGACGCGACUGUCACAGGGCGAGUCCAUGCCUCAGCAGCCCCUGUCAGAAUGGAGGAACGUGUAACGACAUCAACAACACGUCUUACUCGUGCACAUGCGCCCCAGGCUACCAAGGCUUCAACUGCGAGGACCAGAUCACGGGCGACGAGGGACUUGAAACUCGCUGGAUCAUCCUGAUUGCCGUGCUGGUGUCAGUCGCCGUCGUCGUCGUCAUCGUGAUCACCGUUGUGUGUGUUUGCAAAAACGUGAAGAAGUCAGACGUUUAUGUAAUUCAGAAGCUGCCAUCGUCUCACACCUGGAAAAACAAGAGGAAAGACAACGAGCUCCGAAUGUCAUCAAGAAGUGUCCCCUAUGAGAACAUGGAUGAAAAGAAAACCAACGAGAUGACAAAUAUGUGAUAUUAUUUUUAAUAAUCAUCUUUUUCUGUUCUGACGUGAUUUACAAUUUAUUCCUCAGUACAAAUGAAAUAUAAAGGAGUUAUUUUGGUCAA